UCGUCAGUGCAGCUGGACAGCCCGAGUACAGAGAUGGGGGGAGAAUGUUGCUAGGAGACCUGACAUCACUUCUUCAUUCUGCAUUCGUCCUGAAGGCCACGUGUGUGCUGGCGCACUAUAAAACCAAUCAGACCUCGGCUCUUGAUGCAUUCAGCAUAAAGGGCUCCUUUUUCAAAGAGAGUGGAAGGGUCUCCGGUGGAAUCUGACAGGCAAGCUCACUCAAAGUGUCUCCCAGCCACAGACCAUAUGCUCUGAUUUAGUCUGGAUGAAGAAGCACUGUGUGCAUAAUUCUCACCACUCUUUGCCAUACUCUCGUCAGAAAGGACCCUGAAUACAUAUAUAUAUAUAUAUAUAUAUAUAUAUUUAGAAAAAUUCCCGCUAAUAUCUGCUACAGUGCUAGAACAAUCCCAAUGGACCUGUGGAACUCGACAGAGGUUGUGUUCAACGAGUCUGUGAGGAACAGCUCCCAGGGGUACGUGGAGGGAGAAGAGCAUCCCUUCCUCACCGAUGCCUGGCUUGUGCCUCUCUUCUUCUCCCUCAUCAUGCUGGUGGGGCUCAUUGGCAACUCGCUGGUCAUCUACGUGAUCUCCAAACACCGUCAGAUGAGGACAGCCACCAACUUCUACAUAGCUAACCUGGCUGCCACAGACAUCAUCUUCCUAGUGUGCUGUGUGCCGUUCACAGCUACACUCUACCCUCUACCUGGUUGGAUAUUUGGGGACUUCAUGUGUAAAUGUGUCGCUUUCCUUCAGCAGGUUACAGUCCAGGCUACUUGCAUCACUCUGACAGCAAUGAGUGGGGACCGUUGCUACAUAACAGUUUAUCCACUGAAAUCUCUGAGCCAUCGCACUCCUCGUAUUGCCAUGAUAGUCAGCAUCUGCAUCUGGAUCGGUUCUUUCAUCCUAUCCACACCAAUAUUUAUGUAUCAGAUGAUCGAGGAGGGCUACUGGUAUGGACCCCAGCAAUACUGCAGGGAGAGGUUUCCAUCUAAGGCACACGAGAGGGCUUUCAUCUUGUACCAGUUUAUAGCAGUCUAUCUCCUUCCUGUCCUCACCAUCUCCUUCUGCUACUCCUUCAUGCUCAAGAGGGUCGGCCAGCCUGCGGUGGAGCCUGUGGAUAACAACCAUCAGGUUCACUUGCUGUCAGAGAGAACAAUUACCAUCAGGAGCAAGAUCUCUAAAAUGGUGGUGGUCAUCGUCCUGCUCUUCACCAUCUGCUGGGGGCCCAUCCAGAUCUUUGUCCUCUUCCAGUCAUUCUACCCAAACUUCAAGGUCACGUACGCCACCUACAAGAUUAAGACCUGGGCCAACUGCAUGUCUUAUGCCAACUCCUCAAUCAAUCCGUUUGUAUAUGGGUUCAUGGGGGCAAGUUUUCGCAAGUCCUUCAAGAAAACAUUCCCAUUCCUGUUCAAGCACAAGGUCCGGGACAGCAGUGUGAACUCACGCACAGCCAACGCCGAGAUCAAGUUUGUUGCCACAGAGGAAAGCAACAACGAAAGGAAAUGAGCAAGCUAUGCAGCUAUGGCCCCUCUGUACUUCCGGGGAACUGGUCACGUGUUGCAGUUUGAACACUGGGUGGCGUCCACCAGCAUCUGUUUCCAAAUCGGAAUUGAAACUGACAAAGUGCCAAAUGUGAUGUAAAAUUAUUUUAUGAAGACAUUUUAUAUCUGUAACAGAGAUGCUUGGCCAGUAGCUACUGUAUGGUCAUAGUUUUACAUACAAAACAAUACCUGUUUCUAAUAUUUAUAAAGAUCAUUAUAAAUUAAGUUCUUUUUAGAGUUACAGUAAAUGUGAGGUGAAAUUAAAACGUGACUAAGCAUGAAAUAAUUCACAAUUCAUCAAACAGCCAUCAAAAACAAAGACAAACACCUCAAGAGGGACACAAGUUCCUUCCGCAGGGGAAACAUAUUACAAGAGAAACUCUUGCUGGUGCAGUGAAACAAACAGGAAAGUGGAAUUCCAGGGAGAUUGGAUAAAUGGCCUGCCAGGGGUGAUGUGCACAAGCUUGCCGAGGAGAAGGGUGUUGGCUAAAUUAACCGUGUCAACUGUUGACUGAGUCACCGCGUCACACUCCAACACCUCUCUCUAAAGGCAGCUCCGUUCAGUCUUGCGGUGGUCCAACCCAACCCUGGUGGCUGAGGUCAGGACCAGUGUCUCUCCGGGCCAGAUUUACAUUCUCUUCACCUUCCUUGCCAUGCUGUGGCAGUGGCAGAGUGACUCAUGUUGGUUUUGUUUUUAUCAUCUAGCGAGUACUGCAGAGCGGGGUAUAUGGGACCCGUUCUUUCAUUGAUCUGUAGUCACUGGAAAAAUACUGGGGAGGAUAAUAUACUGAAGGAUGAAUAUUAGUAACAAGGCAAGCUUUACACUUUGUUGACAGUUUUUGGCAGCAAAAUAAAAUGUUUCAACAGACCACUUGUAUUUUAAUAACUUGUAAAAUAUUAUAUCUGUUAAUAUGAAGCUAUGAAAAUAGGAAUUAGAAAUAGCAAUAUAUUAUGUCUCCUGCAUGAGAAGCCAUCUCAUCUAACUUUCUCAUUCAUAUGUCUGUUCUUAUGCACGGAUAGACAUGGGCAUUUUAAUUUAAGCUAAAUGCAGGUGUAGACCUACUGAUUUUGACAGAUUAGAACUCACUAACACAUAGGAUUUUUUUUAAUGCCUUUAAUUGUUGGUUAAUAAUUUGUGUUCAUCAAGAGCGUAUAGUGAAAGGCAUAUGUGUUUGUGUGCAAUGAGGAGAACUGCAAACAUGGAAUACAUUUUUAGUGUAAAAUGCAGAGAGGCUUAUUGGUGAUUUAGUGACUGUCUAUGUCUAGCACACAUGAUGCUCUAUGUGUCUCUAGUAUAAUUUCAAGCAGUACAUUGUUCAAAUUAAUUGUAUUUAUUU